AUGAAUUUGCUGGUUGAGGAUGAUGAGUCCUUUAACUUGCACAACAGCAACAGUCCUCAUCAUGAGAGCGAUAUAAACCAAAACUUUGGAAAUGAAAUUGCGCAAGAGAAUGGCAAUGCUCCAAUUACAUCUCAACAGAUCAUUCCAUCUUCAACUUUCCCUCGGGCAGAUGUUCUUUCAAGCUCACUUGAGGCGGAGCAUAGGUUGUUAAAGGAGAUGGGCUGGCAGGAAGAUAGUGAAAAUGAUGAAACAUGUGCUCCACUAACAGAGGAUGAGAUGAGGGAAUUCCAAGUCAUUAGUGAACAGUUACAAAAAAAUGGGCUUCGGAAAAAUGGCAUUUUGAAAAAUAGCCUCAUCUGUGAUUUUAAAUUUAGCCCCUGGAAAAACAGCACUUUCAAACCUGCUCUGGAGAAUGAGGGUUCUGAGACAAGCAGCAGUGAUACAUCAGAUGAUGAUGAUGUGUGAAGAUUUCUCUAACAUCUGUAGAAGCUUGUUUUGAUCUCAUGAAAAUUUGGGGAUGUAUUGUCCAAAAAAAAUUUUCUAAUUUAUGUAGUAACAUACCCCAUUAGAGGAAGAAUGAUGGGACUUCUCUCUGAAGAAAGCAAGGAAUGUUGUGUUGAACAUUACUAUAAUUUCUUUGCAAAGAAAUGUUGUAGAAUGAGGACUUGGGUUGACCCACAUUGACUUUCUUCUUCACUGCAGCAUUUCUGACUAGCAAUGUGACAAUGUAACAAAUCAGACUUUCUCAUUUAAUAA